UUUGGUAGAAAACAGCAGAGGGAUGGAUGUGUUUGCAGUGAUAUGUUGUUUUGGUAGAAAACAGCAGAGGGAUGGAUGUGUUUGCAGUGAUAUGUUGUUUUGGUAGAAAACAGCAGAGGGAUGGAUGUGUUUGCAGUGAUAUGUUGUUUUGGUAGAAAACAGCAGAGGGAUGGAUGUGUUUGCAGUGAUAUGUUGUUUUGGUAGAAAACAGCAGAGGGAUGGAUGUGUUUGCAGUGAUAUGUUGUUUUGGUAGAAAACAGCAGAGGGAUGGAUGUGUUUGCAGUGAUAUGUUGUUUUGGUAGAAAACAGCAGAGGGAUGGAUGUGUUUGCAGUGAUAUGUUGUUUUGGUAGAAAACAGCAGAGGGAUGGAUGUGUUUGCAGUGAUAUGUUGUUUUGGUAGAAAACAGCAGAGGGAUGGAUGUGUUUGCAGUGAUAUGUUGUUUUGGUAGAAAACAGCAGAGGGAUGGAUGUGUUUGCAGUGAUAUGUUGUUUUGGUAGAAAACAGCAGAGGGGUGGAUGUGUUUGCAGUGAUAUGUUGUUUUGGUAGAAAACAGCAGAGGGAUGGAUGUGUUUGCAGUGAUAUGUUGUUUUGGUAGAAAACAGCAGAGGGAUGGAUGUGUUUGCAGUGAUAUGUUGUUUUGAAGAUAUACAGUUGAUCUAAUAUCAUAAUGCAUUUAACAGUUAUAUUCUUCAAGAAUCAAAGGCUUUUACCAUUCUUUUAAAAGUCCAAUCCAGGAUGGCCCCUUUAAAUGCACAGUAUAUAAAGUUUGAUUUAGUAUGUCAUUUCGUUUUGUAAAAUGAGGGCCUGACAAUGUGGCCUCCAGUUUUGUAUCAUAUGUAAUUGUGUUCCAGUUUGAAUGACAGUGGUUCAUUCAAACUCCAGACUUUGAAAAACACUAAAUGAAUUUACCAUAACAACUGUAUUAACUGGGGUUCAGCCACUGGAUGGAUUAUCACUGUCAAAAUCGGUCAUUUUGUAAGUUGGUUUACAUAAAGGUGUCUACUGAUCAUAUCAUAACUGAAGUGGAUCAGCCAGAGGCUUGAAUGACCAUGUUCCUGAUUGUUUAUGACCCAAAUAUAUUCAACAGAUAAAUGUUUGAAGCAGGUUUUCUUUCCCCACUCACCAGUAUUUAAAACCCAUUAUUUCUUAUAAAGAGAUAUUGUUAGCAGGAAGACAAAUAUAGAAUAUACCUGUAUUGAAAAUGUUCUUGUAUAGAAAAGGGCUUUGGGUUGUAUGUAGGUUCUGGGUGGAAUUCCUUUUUUAGUCAAUCAACUCAUUUAUAUUUGAAAAGUAUAUUUACAAAAAUCUACAGACCAGAUGGAAAGUGACUCCACUGACAUUUUCAAUCUCUCCUUUUCCCAGUCGGUAAUCCCAACAUUUUUCAAUCUGACCACCAUUGUCCCUGUUCCCAAGAACUCCCAAGGUAACCUGCCUAAAUGACUAUCACCCUGUAGCACUCACAUCUGUAAUUAUGAAUUUGAAAGGCUGGUCAUGACACACAUCAAUACUAUCAUCCCAGACAACAUGGACCCACUCCAAUUCGCAUACCGCCCCAACAGAACCACAGAUGACUCAUCCCACUGCCCUCUCCCACCUGGACAAGAGGGGAAGUAACUGUCAGAAUGCUUAUUCCAUAGAAUAACAUUCAGCCUUCAGCACCAUAGUACCCUCCAAACUUAUCACCAAGUUGGGGACCCUUGGACUGAACACCUCCCUCUGCAACUGGAUCCUGGACUUCCUGAUGGGCCGGCCCCAGGUGGUGAGGGUAGGCAACAACACCUCCACCACACUGACCCUCAACACGUGGGCCUCUCAGGGGUGCGUGCUUAGUGCCCUCUUGUAGUCCCUGUAUUCCCUGUACUCCCUGUUCACCCACGACUGCAUGGCCACACGUGAUUCCAACACCAUCAUCAGGUCUGCUGACGACACGACAGUGGUAGGCCUGAUCGCCGAUGCCGAUGACAGCCUACAGGGAGGAGGUCAAAGACUUGCCCGUGUGGUGCCAGGACAACAACCUCUCCCUCAACAUCAGUUAGAUCAAGGAGCUGAUCGUGGACUACAGGAGAAAGAGGGAAGAUCAAGUACCCAUCCACAUCGUUGGGACUGUAGUGGAGCGAUUUGAGAGCUUCAAGUUACUACAUAAUCUCAUCAUCGUGAUGUCUUGACUGGCUGCAUCACUGCUUGGUAUGGAAAAUGCAACGCCCUCAAUCACAAAAUGCUACAGAGUGUAGUGAGGACAGACCAGUACAUCACUGGAGCCGAGCUCCCUGCCAUUCAGGACUUCUAUAUCAGGCUGCGAGGAAGGCCCGAAAAAUUACCAAAGACUUACCACCCAAGCCAUGGACUGUUCAUUCUGCUACAGUCGGGCAAACGGUACCAGAGCAUCGGCUCUCCGUCCAAAAUGCUCAGAGACAUCUUCUACCCCCAAGCCAUAAGACUGCUAAAUGGUUAAUUAAAUGGUUACACUGCUCUGCACUGACCCUAUGCACACCCACAAGACUCUAUACUGUAUACACACCACAUAUACACUCACACACAUUACACUGACACUACACUUGUGAUAUAAUGGCUGCCGUCACAAUGGACAAAAAAUUUGCUUUUCUUUAAAAAACAAGGAAAAUUCUAAGUGACCCCAAACUUUUGAACGUUAGUGUGUGUUUAGAACUCAGUUAUACACUGGUGAGCUCUGCAAUGGUCACAAGGCUACAAUAACUUCCUAUUUAUGUCUGUUGACUUGUCGAGACUGGACUAGAGCCAAUCAAUGACCUUACCCUCAACUAACCCUAGUUGUGAAUCUGACCGCAAAGUUGAUGUUUCCCACAUUCAUUAACCACCAUAAAUCUGAUUAGUCCUGAUCUGUCCAGUUUUAAAUGAAAAGUUUCAGCUUCUACGUGUGAUAGUCCUCUUUUAUUAACGAUGUGAUUCCGUAGACAAAGGCUCCUGAAUAGACUUCAGCUUCACACUGACAUCACAAGUGCUUCAUGAGAUUACAUGCAUUAAGCCGCUUUAGCUGCAGGAAUAGAAACAUUAAGAAGUGGAGCCGUCUUAGGUGCACGGGUCAUGUGGCGUCUUUGUGAAAGAUAUGCCCUGUAUGACUAACGCUCUUCAACUUGACAGACUAUUCUAUAAGGGGGAAAAUAAUAACCCCUUUCUGGACAUAUUCAUUCAGGGGUAAGUUAGUGCAUUUACUUGGUAUGUUCAUUGCAACGGAGUCUCUGAGAUAUAGGUUGUGUAUGCCAGGAAUGCAUAUAGCUCACCUGAGAAUAUAACGGAAGGCAUAGAAAAUGGUCACGGAGAAUAAACUGGAGUGUAUUGAGAAUCUGGGAUUCUAGAGGAAAUGUGUUUCUUACCAUUAAAAUGAAUAACUGAUUCAGUAAAGCAUGCAAAAUAUUACCGUGUAUAAGGGUUGGGGUCAAUUGCAAUUUAAUAUGAAAUUCCAAUUAAAUUCUUGAAUUCACUUAUUAGUUGGAAAAUGUAUGUUGAAUUCAAUUUGAAUUUCACAAAUCUUCAAGUUAUUGGAAUUGGAAUUGUAAAAACAUAAAAUCUUUGUAAUUUAAUUGUAAUUUAAUAUUUUUACAUUUCACAGUUAAUGGAGUUAGUGCACAUAGUAUCAAAAAUGUAUUGUAGGAUGUGUUUUUAAUCAUAUUAACCCGUAUCACUAUAUUUUCAGUAUAGCUAGGCUGUCUGAAGUGACACGAUCAGCCUGAAAGGCUGAAGGAAGUGAAUUUGAAUGUGUGGAAUUGUUGGAGAUCAUUUAAAUAUUUGGAAUUGACCUAACAUUGGAAUUCAGAAGAAUUAACUUAUAUCUGAAUUCAAAGACUGACCUGGAAUUGAAUUCAGUGGAAUUCACAGAGUGAGAGAAUUGAAUUAGAAUUGAAUUUGUGGAAUUGACCCGGUAUGCCAGGUAAUUUGGAAAUAGUGAUAAUAUAUAUUCUCAGGUAAGUAUGAAAUGUGCAUAUGGGUGGCAAAGGCUAUCUGUUCCUUCCUGGUGUUGGCUAAUUCUACUCAAUGGAUUACGUUUAAUUAAAUUCUUCUUUAAUCUUAAAAUGAGUCAACAUUUUAUAUGCAUUUUUGGCUGUAUCACUAUGGACAUUACAUCCUUAUCUAAUGCUGACAUUACAUGUGGGGAGAUGACAAGACAUUACAUUCCUGUCAAGCAGUUUGGCCUAAAUUAAGCCAAUUUAUCUUAAAAACGUUUUUUAUAAAUGUAUGGUACAUCAACUCUUUGCAUCAAUUGUGAUGCUUUUUAAAAUUCUGGGCUCAUUCAGUGGUUGAAUAAAUCUGUCAUUUUGGACCUGAGCAUAAUCAGGGAAAUAGAUACCUAUUUCCUAUGCCAGCACGAGAGAGUGGACAUUAAGUCUCAAUUUAAGAUGACAGUAGGAUUUCACACCAACUAUCACAUACCUAUAUGUGUAACGGAUGUGAAAUGGCUAGCUAGUUAGUGGGUACGCGCUAAUAGCGUUUCAAUCGGUUACGUCACUUGCUCUGAAACCUAGAAGUAGUGGUUCCCCUUGCCCUGCAAGGGCCACGGCUUUUGUGGAGCGAUGGGUAACAAUGCUUCGUGGGUGACUGUUGUUGAUGUGUGCAGAAGGACCCUGGUUCGCGCCCGUGUUGGGGCGAGGGAACGGUUUAAAGUUAUACUGUUACAUAUGCAACAUGAUCACAUCAGAAAACUGUUUUCUGUCCGUUUCCUACUGCUUUAUAAUGAUCUAUUGGUGUGGAAAUUGUCAGCCUACCAUUUUAUCAAUAACCGUACCAACGGUACAGUUGCUGUAGACGUGCCACUGUUUUUUGAGAGCCAAUUCUAAUCAAACACUCAGAUAUUGGUAUGUUGCAAGCAUCAUAAUCAAUAUUUUGGCCAACUUAACCCAACACCUAGCGAGUUUGUCAAUCUGCUCAGAUUUUUUUGGGGGGUUGCUUAAUUAAUGGCUAAGGUGUGGGUUGACAGCCACUGGAUCUGGGUAGGAUUACCGGUCAGGGCUACCCCCAGAAUUCACUACAGUAUAUAAACACUGUUCAUUCUGUUAUUACUUUUAACCCUAUCAGUCCUGAGACCCCAGCAAAAAUUGACUUUUUCAUUUAUUUGACUUAAAUGUAUAUUUUAUAUAGCCCUUAUAUUUAGCCUUACAAUGAAGUGUUUUUACCAUUUUAUUUUCAGAACAACCAGGACUAGAACACAAAAACUAUUUGACAUAAACAAAUGUCAAUUAAAAAUAUAAGGUUAGCCAAAGCAAAAACGUGAUAGAAAUGCAUUUAUACUGAAGUUGUUUGCUCAGUGGGAAAUGAAUAACCAACUAGUCAGUGACAACUGUGUGGAGUUUGGAGAUUUGUGACGGCAACUAUGUGAUCUUAUUACAGUAUUAUAGACAUUAUGUCAUAUGUCAUUCUAUGAUCUUCUAUGUGUAGAAAAACCCAAUACUUUCUAACGAGUGUAGUGUUGCUUGUGAACUUCAUAGAGCAAAACAUAUUACAUGUGCCAUUCGGACUCCACGGACGAUUUUGUAAAAAAAAUACCUGAUCCCGCCCGCCCUUUCGGGAACUGCCCUUGUCUCACAAACAUCGCUCCAGCUCAACCCUCUUUAAUCACACAGACUAAUGGUCGGUACCAACGGAUGCAGAAGAAAUAGACGAAUCCAAAAGGUACAACCCAGAAGUCAAACACACAAAGUCCAAAUCACGCCGGCAUCACGGUGGGACUAAUUGGGUUAAACAGCUAAUGAACAAUAAAGUUGGUCAUGAUUUUGUAAUCGUCUGUUGCAGUGUAUGGGAGAUUGGAAGCUGAGGCCUAGGGAAGAAUGAGUCGUCGCGGGAGCAGGAGGAGGAACAGUCGGAGGAGGAAGAGCCCCACCAGCAGUAAACAGAGUACCUCUCAAUGCGUUUUUCAAAAACAAAACAAAAGUAACAGUGUGGUUUGCCAGGAUGAUAUCACUGAGAAAGGAGAAAUUGAAUCAUUACGCAAAGAAAAUAUUUUGUCAGACUCUGAUGAUGAAGAGGGAAAAUACAGUGAGAUUCCAAGCAAAGAGAAAAAAGUCAGGCGAGACAGUCAAGGGGAGUCCUCUGGAAACAAAAGGCCACCUAGCAUCGCAAAGCAAGAGAACAUAGACAGGGGGGUGAAAUUCACAACUUUGGUAACCAUUGACGAUUUGCAACCGUCAUCUUCAAAAAUCAUCUUUCAGCACUCUCGUAUUGGCUCGAAUAUGAAGUUUGAAAUUCAAGAAAGUCUACAGUCCGAUAACUCAGGGAUCAAGACAGUAUAUGUAUUCGAAAGUCAACAGGGAGCUACCGGAGAGCCUUGUGUCCAGAGUCAACGUGAGAAGAGACUCAGUCCAAAUAAUGAUUUAAUUCAGCAGUCAUGGACUCUAAACCCAAAUGUAAACAUCACAGUGCACAGUCAAAACAAGAAGCACAACUACGAAUUUAACUUUCUAGAAAGCAGUAAGGAUGCAGGGGUCACAGCAAGACAUAGCACUGCCUCAAGGUGUUGUGGGGAAUUGGCCUGCCGCAAAAGCUGCUGUGAUGAUCAAUUUGCUUUUCACCGUUCGCCCAGCAAAAAUGACACCGACUUCACAUUGGCAGGUGGGUCCUCCAGCCCAUCCCCUUUGCCUGACUUCUGGAAAAGCACAGAUGCACUGUGUGACAUUCCCCCACCAUGUGAGUUUUCCGACCGUAAAUAUGAACCCCUGGCAGACCUUACCGAAGACAUAGCUUCCUGUCAGAUUGGAGCUUGUUGUACUAUGGACACACAGCAAUGGUUAUUCAGUCCACCACCCUCCAUGAGGCACCAUAAAGACUCUGGUUGCCCCUACUCACUUGAUGGUGAAGACAGUGCCCAUUUGGCAUCUUUCUUCGACAGUGUAUCGGAAUCAGACAACUAUGAACCCAUGUUCAUGAGACCACCAUUGUCAGUGAGCAGGUCCAGUUACACCAAAGACUUCAUCCAAAACCACGAGAUGAAGACCCAGAUGCGUAACAAUAGCAUAGCUACCGUAGAAUGCAAAACCUGCUCGGCGUCCAGUUAUCUACAAAAGCCGACGAAGAGGCGGCGGACUUUCCCUGGAGUGAAAGAAGAACCAAGUCAAAUGCAGGAGGGCCUACCUUCGUGGGAGGGAAGGGAGUCCUUUUCGUCUGGCACCAUCUCCUCUUACAUGAUGGAGUCCCUGCCACUCCAAGCAGAGAGACUAAGCAGACUGACAGCAGACCACCAGGAAGAUGAGAGGCUUUGUCCCUUUAGUGCAUUGAGUCGUAAAUCCUCCCGAAGCAGCUACAGUUACAGACCCAGCUCCAGCAAUGCAAACAGCCAGCUCGAGACACAGCAACAACUGAUCAAUCCGUCCUACGCAUCUACGUCCGAGGAGGAUGUAGAAGAGGUCUUCCAGUUACCAGAGCCGAGGCACCUACCAUGUGAAGAACCCAGAGGACCCGACAUGGACUUUGGAGGGAAUGCAUUGGCGGACAUGGCUUUCGGAGUGGAGCAGAUCGAGGUGGCAGAGAGCGGCUUUGAUGAAGACAUGGGGGAAGUGGAGAACCACAGCCUAGAUCCCACGAUGGAGGAGCUCACAAAGAGGGACCUGCUCAUUCAGGUCUUCCCUCCCUCCUCUUCCAAACUGUCAUCCCAAGAGAAUUCAGUUUCCGAUCUUCAAUCCAUGCAGCGAAGAGGAUCAGUCAUAGCCAUAACAACAGGGGUCACUGAGCAAAGGUUAUUGCAGAGUGACUCCAAACUAGCAGAGAGCGCAGCUCUGAAUAGUCUACACUGGGACGCCUUCAACGUAAUCCCAGAGGCACGGUCUGUGUUCCCCAUACUGGACAUGGAGAUGGACUCAGGAAUCACAAGUAAAGCUACAGAGGAAGUUAGACUAACCCCGAAAAGGUCUCUUACUGUAAGAGCUAGCAUCUCCAGCCCUACUCUUUCACAGAUCGAGGAGGGGAAAGAACCUCCUCCAAAAUACAAGAUUGUAGAGGAUUCAGGCAUGGAAAUUGCAGAGGCACCCAGUCCAGAUCAUGAAUCUCAAGACCAAGAGACAGAAAGCAAGUGGAAGCCCAAGCUAUAUCAGACAGAUUCUACAGCGGAAAAACAAAGUGUGUCCAAAUCCUCCUUAGAGGUCAAGGACAACGGCCCCGAGCACUGGGCUAAGAGACGGAAUCUCUUCAAGGACAGCAAGCAAUGGAGCUCUAUAGGAGGAAGCUCCAUAACCAGCAGCGUCAAUGAGGAGUCAGGAAUUUCAGAAGACAGUCGUUCUGUUGACAUGGCAGCAAGGGACCUUGGAGAUAAGGGUUUCUACACAGAAACCUUCCACUGUGCGUCAUGGAUUUACAGUGGAGACGAAGUCAGUCCGGCUGCUGGGACAGUUCCUCCUGGUCUCCAACCUCGAACUGUCACAAUUCGUGAGAGGACGGUCAAGAUUUGGAAAGGAAUGGGAGAGUACCCCUGGGGGUUCAGAAUACAGUUUUCCAAACCUAUUGUGGUCACAGAGGUCGACACAAAUGGAGCAGCCGAAGAGGCGGGGCUAUUGGUGGGAGAUUUCGUCAUGGCCGUCAAUGGGAUCGAUGUCACCAGUAUCCCCCACUCUGAGGCAGCUGACCUGGCAAGACAAGGCCCAGACCUCCUGACUAUGACCAUUGGCUCAGACAUCGGUCGAGGCCCCAACACCCCCAGACCUACCUGCCGGGGCUACCUCCAUAAACGCACCCAGUCUGGCCUGAUCAAGGGUUGGAGAAGGAGGUGGUUCGUGCUCAGACAUGACUGCUGCCUGUACUACUACAGACAUAAAAAGGAUGAGGGGAGGAAGCGAGCUCUGUCAUCUUUUAAGCUAGAGGGAGCAGAUGUUGGAGGGGACCCCUCCCUGGGGAAACCCUUUGUGUUCAAGUGCUGCCCCCUGUCUGCCAACCGAGUGUACUACUUCUCUGCUACAUCCAACCUGGAGAUGAAAAGGUGGUUGGAUGCCAUGGACAGAGCUGUUCAUCCUGUAACACAGAAUCACGUGUGGAUGGAUGUGACUCGCCACAACGCCAGCAUCCCCCCACUGGCCGUGAAGAACCCAGAGUGCCUGGGCCUGCUUCACCAGAUAGACAGAAAUAACAAGGACACGUGGGUGCAACACUACUGUACACUGAAGGACGGCUGUCUCUACUUCUACGCAGGCAUCCGCUCAACUCACGCUCUGGGGGGGAUCUACUUACACGGGUACACUGUGAGGGAACAGUCCUUGGGAUCCAAGAAAUCCACCAUUGAACUGAAACCCCCUUCGGAAGAGUUCAAAACUUUCUAUCUCUGUGCUGAAAAUCCCAUGGAGAACAAACGAUGGAUCUUGUCUAUAAAAGCAUCCGCAAAAAAAUGGCUACCAUACCAUCAGGCCGUUCAGGACUACAUGAAUCGACCACCAGAGGAGACCAGAAUGUGAGCUCGAUGGAUACUCCUCGCAUCGCAACCAACCUUUACUGUCCUAGCUUCUGGUUUGGUUUAACCAAAAGCAUGUUAAAGGAUCACUUUACUCAAAAACCUGUAAUGAUGCAAAACAUAUCAUCAUCAUCACAGUUUUUACUCUGUACUGAAAAACUUGAGUACUGGGACAAUGGGAUUUCGGGGGGAUUGUAUUAACAGUGAACUUAUGAUCAAAAUACUAAACUAUAUAGUUUUUGAGUGACUUCUCCCUUUAAUAUUGGUUAUGUUUGACGUUCCCUUGAAAGAUUCCAUGUAAAGCUGGAAAUUGAAUGGGACUUUGAGUAUUUCAAUGCAGUUUAACUUCAGGUCGAUUUACUAUACCCUGAGUGUCAGUCAGUUUACGUUAUCAUGCAAGAGUACAAACACACAGACCUGGGACCAGUCUUACCCUUGUUGGACGACCAGCGGUUCAAGGCAUUUACAGUGUGUUCACUUCAAAACAAUUAUUACUGGCACUUUUGGAAAACUACUCUUUAACUAACAGUGUACUUUGAAGAUGUCCAUAAUCUUUAUUUUGUCAUUUUUUUUGGGGGGGGGGGGGGAUAUUGUGUCUUUUAAAUAGACCUUGGAGUAUUGUAGAGUAUGUUGGAAAAGGAGAUAGAAUGUUUUUCACAGAUCCAUUCACAUUUUGAAGUAAUUAAAUUUUAGAAUUCAUCUGCUGCUAUGCUUUUUCAACAAUUUCUCCAGAUUCUCACUGAACAGUCUGCAAGUAAUUGGUAAUUGAAUGAGUUUCUGGCAUUAUGCAUUUUCUAUGCAUUUGUAAACAUAUGAUAUGGAUGGAGUUGUCUGGAGGAUUUUGAAUUGUUGCUAUGGGCUUGUUGUGUGUUUUGAUACUUGUUAGCUUCCUUAGCAAUACUGCACUACACCAUUUCAGAGAUGAUGAUGUUGGCUGAAUA